AGCAUACGGCCAAUAGCGCUCGUAGUGACGCUGCAGUAGGUUGGCCCUUCGCUUGCAUUCAUAAACGGAUAUGAUAGCUAAGCGUUGAAUGUACUACUGUAGCGACAUAUACACAGUCAAGUCGGACCAUGGCGGAAGAAGACGACACGAGAAUUCGGAUUUUACAAAGCCUGCGGGGAAAGAUAUGUGAAGGCAAGAACCUGGGUCCCUGUUCGGGGCCCAACCGACAGCGUGACCUCUGCACCUUCUGCACCAUCAGCCUGGACCAGGAGGAGGUGUUCCGGACCAAGGUGUUUGACAAGAGCCUCAGCCCUUUCUAUGGCGAGGACUUCUACUUUGAGAUCCCACGACCAUUUCAGUGUUUGUCCUUCUACGUAUUCGCCAAGGGUGUUUUUCAAAGGGACCUGCCUGUCGGGAAAGUGUCCAUCCGGAAGGAGGAACUGUGUAAAUUCAGUGGGAAGGAGCACUGGUUUGGCCUGCAGCCCGUGGACCCUAACUCUGAAGUCCAGGGAAAGGUCCACCUGGAGAUGCGUCUGAAUGAACUGAUCAUAGAGAACGGCUCCAUGUGCCAGCAGCUACUGGUCCGGAUAAUAGAAUGCCAGGGCUUGCCUCUGAUCAGUGGACAGAACUGUGACCCGUAUGCCACGGUCUCGCUCGUUGGGCCUGCCAGGUUUGACCAGAAGAAAACAAAGGUGAAAAAGAAGACCAGUGACCCUCAGUUUGAGGAAACUUUUUACUUUGAGGUCACAAGGCCCAACAGUUACACAAAAAAGUCUCAUUUCCAAGUAGAGGAGGAAGACAUUGAAAAGCUGGAGAUCAAAGUUGACUUGUGGAACAAUGGGAAUUUGGCGCAGGAUGUUUUCCUUGGGGAGACGCGGGUAUCUGUCAAGAUUCUACGAAAUGACCACAUUCACAGGGCCUGGUAUCUCCUCCAGCCCAAAGGGAACGGGAAGUCCAAGACAGACGACCUGGGCUCUCUGAGGCUCAACGUAACCUACACCGAGGACAAUGUGCUGCCAUCCGCCUGCUACACACCGCUCCGCACACUGCUGCUCAAGUCCCCAGACAUCAAGCCCAUCUCGGCGUCAGCGGCCCACAUUCUGGGGGACAUCUGCAGGGAGAGGUAUGAGGCGGUGCUGCCCGUGGUCCGCCUGCUACUCCACCACAGCCGCCUGGUGUCCUUCGUCUCCGCCAUCGCUGCCCUGGAGCUGGAGAACACUCAGGAGGCCAACACCAUUUUCCGUGGCAACUCCCUGGCAACACGCUGCAUCGACGACAUGAUGAAGAUUGUAGGGCGGAGCUACUUGACUGUCACCCUGAAGCCUGUAUUGGAUGAGAUUUGUGAAUCAAACAAAACCUGUGAGAUUGACCCGAUCAAACUGAAAGAGGGAGAUAACGUUGAGGUCAACAAGGAGAACCUGCAGGGGUACGUUCAGAAGGUGUUCUCGUCCAUCACCCAAUCCAGCUCCAGCUGUCCCCCGCUCAUGUGUGACGUGUUCCGCUCGCUGCGUCAACUGGCCUCCAAGCGGUUCCCAGAUGAUCCUCAUGUCCAGUAUUCGGCGGUCAGCAGCUUCGUGUUCCUGCGCUUCUUUGCCGUCGCCGUUCUCUCGCCACACACCUUCCAGCUCCGCCCACACCAUCCUGACCUAGAGGUCUCCCGAACACUCACUCUAAUCUCCAAGACCAUCCAGACUCUGGGGAGCUGGGGUAGCCUGUCCAAAAACAAGCUGUCUAGUUUUAAAGAAUCCUACAUGUACGAUUUCUUCAAAUCAUUCCAAGAAGACAAAUGUAUUGGAAAAGUAAAAAAGUUCCUAGACGAGAUCUCCUCCAACGUCAGCAAGGAGUCCAGCGGGGUGGAGGAUUCUGUGGUUCUCAAAGAGGGGGAGGUACAGAAGCGGGCCCAGGGAAGGAAACGCAUCGGCAAGAACUUUAAGAAGAGGUGGCUUCGAGUGACCAACAGGGAGCUCUCCUACCACAAGCACAGAGGGAAAGAAGCACUCUGCAUUAUGCCUGUGAAGAAUAUCCAGGCUGUGGAGAAACUGGACGAAAGUGCCUUUAACCGCAAAAAUAUGUUCCAGGUGCUCCACAGUGAGAAGCCGCUGUACGUGCAGGCGGGGAACUGCGUGGAGGCCAGUGAGUGGGUGGAGGUGCUGAGCCAAGUGAGCCGCUGUAACCCGGACCGCCUGGGCACCUUUCACCCCUCGGCCUACUUGGCCGGAGCCUGGCUCUGCUGCAGGAGCCUGAGCAACAGCCAGCCGGGCUGCAAACCCUGCACACCUACCUUGCUGGCUAACCUACAGCUGGAUAUCGACUGUGACCGCGAGACGGAGAGAAUCUUCUCCCUCUUCACCUCCAGCUACUCCAAACUACAGAAGAUGGAAGAUGCGUGUGCCAGCAUCGCUGUGUACCAGGGUCCUCUGAGGGAGCAGGACGACUACUCCCUGUUCACCAUCCAGGACUCCAAGGAGACAUUCCACACAGUGCGGCAAAUCUCACACAUCCUGAAGGAGCUGCAGAGAGAGCACGACACCCGCAGCGGCACCGCGCAGUACGGCAGCCAAGAGAAUCCGAUAGUUGGGAAGACAUCCUAACGAGUCUAAGUGGGUCUGUCUGGCCUGAGACAGUCAUUCCAGCAAAUGGCAGUAUGCCACCUGCCACAGUUCUACACUGGAGCCCCAGAGUGACGCAGUCGGGAUUGGCACUGAGAAUGAUGCCCGAGGACCAAGAACCCACACCCCCAAGGUCGCGCUCUGCCCCCGCUUCCCCCUCCACCACGUGUGACUGGACGGACGGUCCAAUAGCGAAGUGUCAACUGAACCUGGUCAGAAGCUCUCAUUGGUUCAGAAGAGGAGAACCUUGGUUGAGUUUUAUUCUCUAGCUCUCCCCGUCUGUCUCAUCCUUUUCUCUUUCUCACACACCACUGUUCUAAUCAGAGGAAUAUGUGCUUGCUCUCGUCUUCUACUUGAUUUGCACAAAGACCAUACAACAUCAUUAGUUGGGGUGUGUUUGUGUGUGUGUGUGAAUAGGCUGCUAAAAUACUCCAUUUUAUUCACUCAAAUGUUUUCAAUCUCGAUCGUAAACAAUCAAGAUGAUGCUCUCACAAUCUCUUGGGGCUUCACUGUUUGACGUCCGUUUACGACUAAACAGCAAGCUGACUUUGUUUAUCAUUUUCUAUCAAAGGGUCCACUUAACUGUACUCUCUUCUUCCUCCUCUAUCCACCUCUGUGCUUUGAACAAAUGUAGGUGUUUCAGAGUACAGUUAAGUGGAUGAAACCGAUCUGCCUUAUUUUUCUUAAUGGAUGUAUGUGUAACAAUCUCUCGCAUCCUCGAGUUAGGGACUAAUGCCGAAGCACUUUACAUAUUUGGAAUAUUCCAGAUGGCAUCAUUUUAGAUACGUGGUAUCAGUAUACCCCCCAUAUCGAUCAGUUCAAUGAUCUCGAGUACCUUCUCCUUUCCAUUCCUGUACAAUAACAUUUAUAGCCUGUAGAUUUUAAUAGCAAAUUUUCUUACACCAAAGACGACAAUAUCGUAAGGUCGACUUGGAAAAAAAGGGUAUAAAUGUAUUUUGAAUAUACUUUUUUUAAAUGGAGAGAAAUACAGUAUAUAUUUCGUUCAUGUACAUUUUGGUAACUGCAUUGUUCCUCUUUUUAACGAUUUAGACGAUUUGAUUGAGUAACGUUCUAAUGUUCUCUGGAAAUGCAGAGGGACCGUGGUCGGUAGUCUAGAAAUGUCUGUCAACCAUGUAGUGAUGUCACUGCAAAUCAAUCACAACAAGCUAGACAAUCCCCCUUCACUUGCCAAUCUAGCCCCUUAGAUCCUCAUCACUGGCCCACAUUAACUGGUAGUCAAAUGUGAUUGGAUAGAUCUACAAUCAGGCAAACACACAUAUAUUAGUUAGACCCCAUUCAUUGUUUUGUGUGUUUUAGACUGAGGACAAUUGCUGUGUUCAUAGCCAAGUGGGAAGGUGGUAAUUUCCCGUUUUGAAGUCGUAAAUACCGGUUGGAUGCAUUCACGUGCUUUGAACUAGUUGAGAAACGCUGAUUGGCUAAUGUGCAACAAGUUGCGUCAACCUUAAAAUAAAAGUACAGCUGUCAUGCUUGUAAACAAAUGAUAGUGUUCAAAAAAACAUAGAAAUUGAUUUAUUUUUAUAAAUAAUGUUUUAUUACAUUUAACUGCCAAAAACGCUGUUAACAAGGUAAUUUCAGACAGAGGUCAGCAUGUGGGAGAAGUCUGAGCUCAGGGAUGAUAGAUGAGCUUCCCAAUAGUAUACUGAACAAAAACAUAAAUGCAACACUUUCAAAGAUUCUACUGAGUUACAGUUCAUAUGAGGAAAUCAGUCAAUUGAAAUAAAUUCAUUAUGCCCUGAUCUAUGGAUUUCACAUGACUGGGAAUACAGAUAUGCAUCUGUUGGUCACAGAUACCUUAAAAAAAUAAUUGUGUGUUAAUCAGAACCAAUCAGUGUCUGGUGUGACCAACAUUUGCCUUGUGCAGUGCGACACAUCUCCUUCGCAUAGUUGUUCAGGCUGUUGAUUGUAGCCUGUGGAACCAUAACCCCACUGCCACCAUGUGUCACACGUUGACAUCAGUAAACCGCUCACUCACACAAUGCCAUACACACUGUCUGCAGUCUGCCUGGUACAGUUAAACCGGGAUUCAUCCAUGAAGAGCACACUUCUCCAGUGUGCCAGUGGCCAUCGAAGGUAAGCAUUUGCCCACUGAAGUCUGUUACGACGCCAUACUGCAGUCAGGUCAAUACCCUGGUGAGGAUGACGAGCACGCAGAUGAGCUUCCUUGAGAUGGUUUCUGACAAUUUGUGCAGAAAGGAUUUGGUUGUGCAAACCGAGUUUCAUCAGCUGUCCGUGUGGCUCGUCUCAGACCAUCCCAAAGGUGAAAAAGACUGAUGUGGAGGUCCUGGGCUGGCGUGGUUACACGUGGUCUGGGGUUAUGAGGCCGGUUGGACUUACUGCCAAAUUCUCUAAAACAACGUUUUGGUAGAGAAAUUAACAUUAAAUUAUCUAGCAACAGCUCUGGUGGACAUUCCUGCAGUCAGCAUGCCAACUGCACACUCCAUGGCAUUGUGUUGUGUGACAAAACUGCACAUUUUAGAGUGGCCUUUUAUUGUCCCCGGCACAAGGUGCACCUGUGUAAUGAUCAUGCUGUUUUAAACAGCUUCUUGAUAUUCCACACAUGUCAGGUGGAUGGAUUAUCUGGGCAAAGAAGAAAUGCCCACUAACAGGAAUGUAAACACAUUCGUGUAGAAAAUUUGAGAAAAAUAUCUGGGAUAUUUUAUUUCAGUACAUGAAACAUGGGACCAACACAUUACAUUAUUUUUUUCAGUGUAAAUACGAGUUGGAUUUUUUCAAGUGGAUUUUCUUCCCAGUCGUAUAUGUGGUAAAUAUCAAAGUUUUUAUCAGGGAGGUUGAAUUUGGUAAUGAACGCAGCAUUAGUCCACAUAGUCGCUCCGUUCUUUAUAUUUUUAUCAGUCAACCUGUAUGAACGACAGUUAUGAACGCAGCAUUGGUCCACAGUCGCACCGUUCUUUAUAUUGGUUAAAACAGAUGCCUAGAAACUUGAGCUUGGAUCAACAACAAGAAGGGAACGUGUAACACAGUUAGUACAGGGUUAACCAUGUUUCAUAUAUUUUUGUUUGGCUUAUGGAAAUAUUUCCUGUCAGAAGUUGUCUUUUGGUCCGUCGUAAAUUUCUAUCAUGCAUGUCCUGGAUAUGUACAUUUCUAUCAUGCAUGUCCUGUAUAUGUAAAUUUCUAUCAUGCAUGUCCUGUAUAUUUAACAGUAUAUUUUUUUUAGAGUACCUUUUUGUAUGUAUGUUUUUUAACACGGCAAAAAAAAUCUGUGUUGGUGCGUUACGGUACCUUGUUAUUUGUCUUCAGUGGUACUAGGAAGCUUGCUGCUUUUCUUCAUGUCACAGAGUCUAAUGUAUGGUAGCGUGCUGCGGAGUCUGUCUAUAGCUUAUGCAACGUUACGGAGUUUAACUUUGUCUGGAGCACCAGGGUCAUGUUCAUUAGAGCACGCAUUGGAAACUUUUUGCAACGGGGAAAAAAGGAGCCUCUACCUGUUUACAGUCAGUUUUCUUGCGUUUGGUGCCUAAUGAACGCGACCCAGGUUAGGUCCCACCUGACUUUGUUUGUCAGUGGUUUUGCUAAAGGCUCUCAGGCCUCAUGGUUCUUCUCAUUAGUCAUUCUAAUGCGUAGGGAAAGAUGUCAUCAUGAGUUGGUUCAUUGGUUUUCUUUCACUAAUCUCAAAAUGUUUUUCAAUCAUGAGGGAAUUUUCAAUCACUGCAUCUUCUCUUCACCUCACCUCUGACAGUCAGAUGUUUUAUCAUAAUGUGUCUUUAACUUUGUCAGAACCUUUUUUCAGACCUGUGAAUCCAAACGUGCAGUGGCCUUACUAACCCACCCACACGCAAAGAGAACUUGGGGUGACAAUUGUACAAUGUACAGGUUGGCUUGGUCAAAUGGGAAUGGUACUGUACGUUCUAGGGGUUUUGUUGCUUUGAUCACAGUAUAGGUACAAGUGACACUGUUACCAGUCAACAGGGCCCUGUCAUUUUUAAAGUUGGAUAAUUUAACAACAUGGGAAGUCAAGAGUUCUGGUUAGCAGUCGAUCCCUCGACAGGCCUUCAUCGUGAACAGUAUCUGUGAAGUCAUCGCCAUGACAUCAUCAGCAACCUUUCAAAUGUUCAAAUCAAUCACUGCAAAAGAGAAUCUGUUGUUUUCAUAUUUCAAACCCGUAAACGUAUCAUUGCAUACAGGACUGGAGUACAUAUGUUUGUUGUUGCUUUUGUUAUUUAAACAUUUUUGGAUUAUUUUUCACAACCAGAAAUUCAAAUCUUAUCUCUUGUAUUUUUAUUUGAAAUAAUUUACAAUAAAAAUGUUGCCAACCCUUUCA